CAUUUCAGAUUUGAUGCAAUUUUAUGUCAACAGCUUUCGACGCCAAUCAUUCACAAAUCCUCUACAAGCAGCAACUUGGGGAAGACGACGAGAGCGCAGAGAGUCAACCAGCCAGCCAGCCAGCCAGACAGCCAGUCAUGAGCGACGAGCCAGUGGUGGUGGAGAUUCCCGUGUUGCAGAAGCAGCACCACGAGGAAGAUGCCAUCCAACUUGGCCCAAGUGACUUGGAGAACCUGGACACGGUGAUUGACAUCAUCACGUUCGAGAACGUGCAUCUCAAGUACUGGGCUCAAAUCGCGGACUACUAUCGUCGCAAUGCCAAAUGGGACGAGCUGUACACGCUGCUGGAUCGUGCACGGCAGCAAAAGGCACCACCAAAUGAUGCUGAGCACAUGCCCCAGAAGAUCCGUUUGAUGGUCAUGCUUGCCAACCUGCUGCUGGAGCGAGCAAAGGGCGCGCGAACCAAGGCGGAGGCAGACCAGUUGAUCGACCAAGCAACGCAACUGACAAACGAAGUCGACAUCUACGAUCAGAACAACGAGGGCAACUGGGUGUGCAAAGGGUACAUCAGCCUGUUUGUGGGCACGAGCGAGCACCUUGACCGUGCGCGCACGCUGUUUGACCUGGUGCUCACCAGCAAGAGUCAGACCAGCAUCCCCGCCCUCCUCGGCCGGGCUGCGAUUGACUUCCACAAGGACCUGUAUGCGGAUGCGUUGCGUCGCUACCGCACGGUGCUGCGCAUCAGCCCCUCGUGCCCCGCCAGCAUCCGCGUCGCCAUGGGCAUGUGCUUUGCCCGCCUCGAACGCUUCGACAAGGCGCGUGCUGCUUUUGAGCGAGCGCUGGCGCUGGACGAAAACAACGUGCCUGCACUCGUCGGCACAGCCAUCCUCCUCAUCAACCAGAAGGAGCGCGGCGCGAUGCGGGAGGCUGUGGAGCGGCUGACAAAGGCGUACAAGCUGGACCGCACCAACCCGAUGACCCUCAACCUCCUCGGAAACCACUUCUUCCACAGAAAGGAGUACAGCAAGGCGCUUGGCCUGGUGACACACGUUGCUGGGACGGCGCUUGACCGGGACAUCAAGGCCGAGGCGUUCCAUCACAUGGCACGCAUCCACCACCAGCAGGGGAACCUGGACACGGCGCUGUCGCACUACUACCAGGCGACGAGCCUCUCGCCGUCGCUGCUGCCGGCCCACUACGGUCUUGGCCAGAUGUACAUCCACAAGAAGCAGCUCAGGCGCGCGCGCGACUGCUUUGAAAUCGUCUACAAGCACAUGCCGACGAAUAUGGCGGCGGCGAAGAUCCUUGCGUGCAUGUAUGUGCAGGAGGCGGAGACGUCGCGGUCCGCAACCGCCCUCGAAAAGGCAACAGCGCUCUUUGAUAAGGUGUUGAAGCAGCGGCCAGAGGACAUUGAGGCGUGGGUGGAGCUCGGUAUGCUCCUCAUCCGCUCAAACCCAAAGCGAGCACUUGGUGUGUUUGGAGAGGCGAAGACGCGGCUGGAGGCGCUGGGAUCGGCGCUCCCGCCCGAGCUCGUCAACAACAUGGCCUGCCUGCACCUCCUCAACACCAACCACCGCCACGCAAAGGCAAUGUUUGAAGAAGCGCUGAGUGGCCUUGACCUCGACCCGGACGAGCAAGCCGACAUGGAAGAGGCGGACAUUGAGUUUUUCAAGGGCGCGAAAGUGACUGUGCGGUACAACCGUGCGCGGCUGCUGGAGACGACGUACGAGCUUGACGCUGCCGAGGAAGAGUACCACGCUAUCCUGCAGUCGCAUCCAGACUACGCAGACGCGCGCUUUCGCCUCGGCGUCAUGGCCCAGCGCCGCGGCGCCAUCAACGAGGCAACAAUCUUCUUCAAGGACUGCCUCAGGCUGAACGAGGUGACGGCGCUGACCCUGCUCGGGAAUCUGUGCAUCCAAAAGCGACAGCUGCAGCACGCACAGCGCUACUUUGACAAGAUUAUCAAACUCCGCAAAAAGGAAGGCGACCUGUACAGCCUGGUGUCGCUGGGCAACAUCUUCUUCCAGCGCGUGGAUUUUGUUCGCGCCCAGAAGUACUUCACAAAAGCGCUUGAAGCGAGUGUGGAAAACGUGUUUGCGGUCAACGGGCUUGGCUGCGUGUUUGCUGCACAGGGAAACACCGCACAGGCAAAAGACCUGUUUCAACAGAUCCGCGAAGCGACGACAGAUGUGGAAGGCAUGGACCAGAUUCUUCUCAACCUCGCCCACGCUUACGUCGACCUGGGUUCCCUGUCUGAAGGCAUUGCGCUUUAUGAAUACUGCCAGCGGAAAAUGGGCCGACGCACGGAUGCAUCGAUCCACGCUGCCCUGGCCCGUGCCCAUUACAAGAACAGAGACUACAAGCUCGCCCGCAAGCACUUUGUCAAGGCGAAGCAUCUUGACCCGCUGGAUUCGCGCCACGACUUCAACAUUGCGCUGACGCAGCAGCAGGAGGCGCGCAGCAUCCUCGACAGCAGGCGCCCGCUCCCAGACCAGCUCUUGGAGGCAGAGACAUUGCUUGGGCUUGCUCGCCAGUGCUUCCGGCAGCUGAAGCGGCCGCGCCAUCAGGUCAAAUACGACUUCAAGCGCGCUGAGAAGGAGGAGCGGCUGUGUGUUGAUCUCCGCCAUCAAUCCAAGCAACGGUCAACAGCUGCUGAGUCAGAGGCGAGCAAGUUGAAGAAGCAAGCGGAAGUAGCGCGGCUGUUCCAGCAGCAGCUGCAGCAGCGAGAGGCCGAGAAGGAGGAGCGACUGCAGCGGCUGGCAGAGGCGGAGGCGCGCAAGCGAGAGAAGAUUAUGGAGUAUGAGCAGAGCAUGCCGAAUGUUGGGGACAUUAUGGAGCGAGCGGAGGCGAAGAAGCGCGAGGGCCGCAAGCGCCGCAGUGACGCCGAUGACAUUAUCAACGACGAAGAGGAGGAGCCUGCGCCACUGCCAGAGGAGGACGAGGGCGAAUAUGACGACAACGACGACGCUGACGACGGUGCACGGAAAUCAGCAAAGCGUCAGGCAUCCAAGCGCAAGCCAAGGUCGAAGAAGUCGAAAGUCGUUUCGCGCCGAGAGGACGACGACGAUGAAGAUGAUGAUGACGACGAUGACGACGACGAUGACAUCGCUCGUUUGAGAGCACAGCGUUCGCAGAAGUUGAGCAAGAAGCGGGUGGUGAAGUCCAAGGCCUCCCUUGACUCUGACAGCGAAUCAGACGACGAUGACGAUGCUGCCAAGCAGGCCGCCAUGCCCCGCAGCAAGGUUGGCAUUCGCUCGACCAAAUCUGCUGAGAUUGUGGAGAGCAGCAGCGAAGACGACGACGACGACGACGCAGAACUGAAAAUGAGCUGAGAGGACAGCAGGGCCAGUAGCACAACACUGUUGCACGCUAUCAACCAUACCACCUUGCUGUUGCCUGUGAUGCGGAAGGAGUUGUUUACAUACAUUACACGAGUGAUGAAUAACACAAGAUAGUCA